UAUCAAUUUAAAGUCCCAUAUGUUUCUUCAUUUCCUCUCUCCACAGACCAAAAUUAUGGUGAAACUCAAAUACACACUUGGUUUCAUUCUUCACCUUCUUCUUAUCUUUAUCUUCAUUUAUCACGGUUGUGAAGCUAAUCUUAUUGGAGAUGCUGCAUGCAAAAUUGUUGAUUGUGGUGAAGGAACUUGCAAUAGUUCAGUUGAUGUGCCCCCGUUCUUUGAUUGUGAUUGUCAUCCUGGAUGGACUCAGCUCAAGCUAUUGGACAAAACUAUAUUUCCACCUUGCAUAAUACCCAACUGUUCAGUUAAUUUUGAUUGUGGCAUGCCACAGAUACCGACAAAUAUUUCCCUACCAACUAACCUCACUGAUCCCUGCAACUUUGCAUGGUGUGGAAAUGGAACAUGUGUACCAGACAAUGAUAAAGGUCACAAGUGCAAUUGCAAUGCUGGAGCAUACAACCUACUUAAUUUACCAAAAAUGCCAUGCUUUCAAGAGUGCUAUCUCGGAUCAGACUGCAAUGGCCUUGGCCUGACCCCACCGUCCCCUCCGCUCAUUUCGCCUCCGGGCACAUCCAAUGCUUCUGGCCCCGGUCAGAACACAGCUGGAUCAACUUCUGGUGGGAGUAGAAAAUGGUUAGGAGUCGUAGGAUACAUGGCGUUGCUAAUGGGCUUACAUUUUGUCGUGUGACAUAUUACGUACACACUGACUUCUUGAUAUAGAACUAGAGAAGAAGCCUAUAGAUGUUACUUUUGAAUAAAAAGGGUAAUUUUGUUGAUCCUCCAUUUUGAGCUUCUCUU